UUCCGAAUUUAUUUAUAAUUUAUUAAUAUUAUGAUAUAACAAGAAAUUUUUCGUCGUGAUUAGACCGAAUUUAAUUAAAUAAGCAUGUGGAAGUAUGUCGUUGGUUCUAUAGCCAUAGGUACUGUUACAUACAGUUUAGUAAAAUACUUCGCAGGUGGAGUCUGUUAUUGCACUACUCGAUUAGAUGGACUUGUAGUUGUUAUAACAGGCGGUAAUUCAGGCAUUGGCCGUAGUUUGGCCCUGGAACUGGCCAAACGAGGAGCCACUUUAGUUCUAGCCUGCAGAGAUCUAGAUAAAGGUUUAGAAGCUAAAAACUACAUACUGAGUCAACUGCCAAAUCAACUAGUUAAAAUUUAUGUAAAGUUUCUUGAUUUGGAAUCCAUUGCAAGUGUUAUUAGUUUUGCUGAUUCCCUAAAUUCUGAGUUCACAGAAAUUUAUGCGCUUGUGAAUAAUGCUGGUGUUUUUUAUCAUCCUCAAGGUUUAACUGAGGAUGGAUUCGAAAUAACUCUACAAGUUAAUUAUUUAAGCCAUUUUAUAUUAACUCAGCACUUAUUGAAGUUGUUGAAAAAAUCUGUUCACGCUCGAAUAGUGAAUGUCACUUCAGAAGCACACAGGAAAGUGAAUGUGUAUGAUUUGAAGGCAGUUACAAAGUGUCAGACUGAAUUUCGAUCACAUUUUGUUGCUUAUGGUGUUUCUAAAUUGGCUCUUAUAUUGUUCACCAGGGAACUUUCCAAGCAGUUACAAAAUACGAACGUCAUAGUGAACGCUGUGAACCCCGGAAACGUGGAAACGGGAAUAUUUCGCUAUUAUCCGCCGCUGAAUAAUAUAUGGCUCUUCGCGCUACAAUAUCCAAUCAGACUGUUGGUGGUGAAGAGUCCGCAACAAGGAGUGCAAACCGUUUUACAUGCACUCCUCACCUCGAAUCGAUCCACCGGCCAAUACUACAGUGACUGUAAACUGACCCUUCCCAGUCCCAUUGGUGCCAAUGAUAAGAUCGCCAAGGAGUACUACAAUCUGACUUUGGAGAUUCUAGACGCGAAGCUUAACGAAUCAUACUGUUAG